AUGCUGCAGCUUCUGCUUUCCUUCAACCCAGACAUCAACGCACCGCCAGCAAAGAAAGGAGGUCUCACAGUUUUGCAGGGGGCAGCAAUAAGCGGCGAUUUAGGUGUUGCCAAGAUGCUACUCGAUCGAGGAGCAGAUAUCAACGCGCCUGGCGCAGCCGAGGACGGGAGAACAGCGGUUGAGGGAGCUGCUGAACACGGCCGCCUGGACAUGGUUCAACUUCUUCUUGAACAUGGUGCUAAAGGAGAUCCGGAUACUGGCUUCUCCAGGGCAAUUGAACUCGCAAAAGCAGAGACCCAUUUGGGAGUUGCAAAGGUUCUUGAGGAGCACGACGAGAUCUCGGCGCUGCUUGAUAUGGGGCUGGCGUACGGAGCGAGUACUGACCUGGCCGCUACUCUGCCGUCUCCGGGAAUGAUAUUCGACCUUUGA